AUGGCUCAACUUCUCCCUAUGCUAGAGGCGGAAUUUGGUCGUCGCAAGAUUACAACUCAGAUCAAGUUUGUCUUCAAGGAUAACAGUCGUGCUGUCUUCGACCUCAUUGAUCCCAAGGAUGUCGACUCUCUCCUCCAAAACCCUCCUGUAUUCGCCGGCCACUCAUUCUUCCCAUCUCGCCCUCGCUGUGUCGAACCUCUCUAUGCCCUCGAGAUCGCGGUGGUCGGCUUGAAGCACGUCAAUGGCGCAAAGUCGUUCAUCGAUCAGUACAUUCGCAACAAAUACGGAAACGACGCCAUCUCCGCCAGCCGUCUCGUCCCCGAGAUGGACAUGUACACCGUCGUCUUCACCUACUGGGACACCGGUAGUCGCUUCCUCACGGAUCCCUUCACCGCCUUCCACGGCACUCACCUCGCCUCCUAUAUCGGCUCCCCGACUCCGGUCCUGCUCUAUCUGUUCAACUCGCAGGGCUUUGCUCUGAGCGGCGUACCUUCCGGGUCGGGCACCAAUCCGGCGGAGCUCCGGGACAUCCGUGCCGAGAUGGACUCGUUUCGACAGGAAGGCAAGGCCGUCGCCACAUCAGUUAACGCAGUACUGGCGCAUCAAGACAAACGGUUCGAGUACCUCCAGGUCCAACAGCAGCAUACCGCAGCUAUGUUCGCCAAUCAGACAUCGCUCCUCAUGCUGACCAUGCAGUCUUCCGCCACCCAGAACACCCUUUUCAGUCUCCAGGCUGAACAACGGUCGAUCAGGAGGCAGCUCGUCGGUGCGGCUGGUGAUGAACAAGCUACGCUCGAGGAAGACCUGGCCGCCGUUCUCCAACAGAUCAAGAUCCAGGAAGAUGUUCUGCGUACCCAACAAGCUCAACAGUCUGCACUCCAGUCAUCGACCUUUCCCGCCCUUCCGAACCCACCUCCAUCCGCACCCACCUCUAUUCCCGUAUCUGAAACAUCUGAUACUACCCCUACCGCUUCGUCCUCGGCGACAACUGUUUCCAGCAACACUAGGAAACGCAACUCCACUGCGAAACCGUCAGCCGCUCCACCCAAACGCGCUAACACACGCCAAUCCAAAGCUCCAGCUGAGGGUCGCAUCCAGACGGUGAACGACGGCGACGACGACAUGGAUGAUAAUGAGGUGCCGUCCACUGUCGCUGCCUCUCCGCCGGCCCUUCUGAUUCGCGCCCCUAAUCCAGUGAACCCGCCUAACAAGGCUUCAUCUCGGGCGGAUUUAGAAGAGAGGCGCCGCGCGACAUGCCUUUUUGCACCAUCCCCAUUCUUUCGUAACCAUUCAUCUUCUCGUCGGCCUUGUUUCCGUCGCCUAUUGUUCUUCUUCUUCAGUCUGUGUCUUUUGCGUUGUGUAUCUGCCUCUCAUCCCUUCCGAGUCUACGCUAUCAAUGCAAAUGGCCUCGGUGACGUUAUGAAACAGUCUGCCAUUGUUGGCGGCAUCAUUUCCUCCAAACCACACGCCUGGGUCAUCAACGAGACCAAAUCAACUCGUCCGGUUGCGUCGCGUGUAUCUAUUCCGGGCUACGACAUCUUCGAGUCCGUCGGUCUCCCAGCUGCCGGUUCAAACCGUGGCAAAUGGGGUGUUAUCGUAGGAGUUCGACGUGAUGUCCAAGCUCUACGCUUGGACGUUCAUGAAACGCUGAAGGGCCGUGCCAUUGCCCUUGACCUGAUCAUACCGACGACCAGUGGGACCUCUCCGGACACCUCCUCUUUUUGGCCUUUAAUUGCUGACCUCUGCCUCUCGUCCCCGUUUUCCUGGUCAAUCGCCGGGGACUGCAAUGCCACCUUGGCUUCCUGUGAAAGCUCGGCCAUCCACUACUCUCCAAAUUCCGCCACCAGACAGUAUAGCCAAUUCCUCCGCAACGCUGCAGGACAAGACGUAUGGACCUACGUUCCCGAUCGUUCCGUGUCCGCACUUUACACGUAUCGGGGUCCUCUCGGUCAGAGUAUCAUUGACCGCGUUGCACAUUCCGCGCGUGUUACCAUCCUCCAUUCACACGACCAUUACUCCUGGUACUUCUACCCACGACGUCACGAAAAAUCCCAAUUCACCCACUUCGCAGAAGCGGCCUCGCGUCUGGCAUCAGCAGAAGUCCAUCAGGAACCCAUCACCGAUGACUCCGCAUUUGAACGUCGUUAUCGUGCACUCACCAAAGUUCUCCAUGAGGCCGCCUCCGAAUCGUUCAACCUCCCUCGCUCUUCCGCUCAGUUCUCUCCUGCCCACGAACGUCGGGUCUCCAGCCCUAGCAUACAGAUCAUCGUCAUGGAGCUGCGCCGAAUCGGGCGACUUAUUUCCGCUGAACGCUCCACUCCGCCCCGCACUUCACAACUGGCGUCCUUUGCGCCCUGGGUCACCUCCUAUGACUUGGCAUUCCAGGCUCACUCGAGUUCGAAUUCCACGCCACUUACCUAUAUCGACUUCCUGUGUCUAUCGCGUCGUUCCCUCCACCGUCUCCUGUACCGAGAAGAACGCCUUGAGCGCCAACGUCGGCUUGCCCAAUCCCACCGCGCUCGUAUCAAUGGUGUCCUCAUGGGUGGCUCCUCUAAGAGACUCCAAGCUCGACUAACAUACUCUGCACCACCCCUCGCACUGGCCGAUCCUGCUACGCCCGAUGUUCUUCACACUAGUCCAGAAAACGUCAAGAAACUCACUCAGGAGUACUUCAGUCAACUCUACCACCACGACCUCGCUCCGUCUGCCGAGAAGCCUUGGAUGGAUACGCCUUCUGUGAUGGCCGUAAAGGAACGUGUUCGCGCACAACCCUUUGUAUGGAGACAACCUGUCACCAUAUCGUCGUUCCGAUCCCUUCUCCGCAAAGGGAACUCACGCCCAGCUCCUGGCCCCGACGAGUGGGAGAAAUGGCAAUUGAUACUUGACCUUGCCAACUACGAAAUCCUCGCGUCCCAUGUCCCCACCGUUGUCAAACCGUCCACCCUAUCCACGAUCCACAAACGGGGCUCUCGAAUACAUCUCUCAAACUACCGUGGCAUCACUUGUCGAGACGUGGUCGAACGCGAAAACGUUCCGCUCUAUGUCCUCCGCCGUGACCAGCAGAAAGGCUUCGACCGACUCGACCCUCAGGGCUUCUACGAUGCCAUCAUAUCUUAUGGCCUCCCUUCGUCCAUAAUCGACCUAGAUCGCUCGGCUCAGACGGAUGUCCCUUAA